AGCUAUAGUCCAGCUAUAUGCACACCCACUUCACCACCGUCGUACAAACUUCUUGGUAGCCCUUGGCUGCCAUGCUUCAACUCACAAAUCUUGGCCAUCACCACUGAUUUGCGUGGUCCCAUCUUAGCCCAACGUACCGGCUCCCGACAAACGCUUCUCACCCGUCCAUCGGGCCCACCAGAAAAGCUUGGUCGUACAUACAUAUCUGCACACCACUACCCUUUCUUUCUUUUUUCCCUCAGCUAGAAUUAACUCGCAGUGCGCACUUGGCUUUCUGGUAGCCGUCGCAACAUGCUUGCCCCACGUGCGACGACGGAGCCAGAGAGGCCCAACCUUGACACCAACGAAAUCAAACAAUGGCGCUCCAUAGUCACGCUCAUUGUCUUUGUUCUGACAAACAUUAACGUCUUGUUCCCUUUCCACAUACCCAUCUACAUACCCCGGCCAAUAUGGACUCUAUGCCUCGACACCGUUAGUGCAAUGCGCAUCAUACCACCACCCCAACAUCCAACCAGAGUGCACAAUGGCCGACCUGGUAGCUAUGUGCGAUUCGACUUUCCCAUGAAUUUCAUCACUGCUCCUCUGAUAGCCGAUCUCUUCCUGCUCGCCAUCCUUGCCAUUGGAGAAAAAGAAGUGCGUGGUGGUACCGUUGGUGACCAAGGCAUUGUCCCCUAUGAUAUUAUGCUCUUCUUCCUCUCCCUCGCCUACAUUGCUAUUUCUGUCGAUGCCUCUGGUUUGAUCAGAUGGCUGGCUUUCAAGGUUUUGCAGAAAGGAGGAAAAGUAGGCCACAGGCUGUUCUUUUAUCUAUACGCCUUCUUCUUCGGACUUACAGCUCUUAUCGGCAAUGAUCCUAUUAUCUUGUCAGGCACUGCUUUCUUGUCUUACAUGACUCGUGUGUCAAGCAACAUUAAGCAUCCAAGAGCAUGGAUCUUCACCCAGUUCUCCGUGGCCAAUAUCGCAUCCGCAAUCCUCGUCUCCUCCAAUCCCACCAACCUUGUCCUUGCGGGAGCGUUCAAAAUUACCUUUAUCAAGUACACAGCAAAUGUCAUUGUUCCCGUCCUCGUGACAGGCAUUGUUCUAUAUCCCUUUUUGCUGUACAUCAUCUUCCAUGAUGAAUCUCUCAUCCCUCCUGCGAUCAAGAUGGAGGAUCUUCCAGAGGAGCUCAAGAACAAGAAGCCAGUGAAUCCAAACAUUCCGUAUGCCAAAGGUGGACUCGAGGACAGCGAGGUUGACCCUAACAGCGACGACGAGCAAGAAAAGAAACAAUCUCUGGAAGAAGUCUUGAAUCCAUUCCUCGACAGAAAAGGCGCCAUGUUCGGAGCGGUUCUCAUGGCAGCCACUCUAGUAACAGUGCUUGCUCUCAAUGCAGCAUCCACAGGCACGCACGAGCGCCCUGUUUUCUGGGUUACUCUACCCGCUGCAUUCGUCAUGCUCUGCUUCGACCUCACAAUGGGCUGGCUCAACCGAAAAGAGACAAGAAGAAUCGCCCACGAAGGCCGGCAGAGAAUGGAGACCGCACUCGCAGAAAGAGAAGAGGCAAGAAUAAUGUCUGUUGCACAAGUGGAUCAGGAUGCAAUCACACCACACCCUGUUCAACGAGAAAGCCAAGUCCUAGACGAGAAAGCCCAAUCAGUAGCAGACGACGCCAGCCACACCACAAGCGGAGAGCAACAAAUAACACCCUCAUCAUCCGCCGAGCGCAUGCCCCGAUCAGAAGAAAAACUCGAGCCAACCAAAAAACCCGUGCCCACCACUCUCACCUCCCUCAUCCACAACGCCUACAUGUGGGCCCAAGAAACCUUCCCAACAACAAUGACCGUAUUCCACCAUCUCCCCCUAGCCCUCGUCCCCUUUGCUUUCUGCAUGUUCGUCCUUGUCCAAGCCCUCGUAACCAAAGGCUGGGUCCCUGUUUUCGCCUAUGGCUGGGACCACUGGGUCGAGAAGACGGGGACCGUUGGAGCAAUUGGCGGUAUGGGGUUUGUUUCUGUUAUUUUGUGUAAUUUCGCAGGCACAAACAUCGGUACCACUAUCCUGAUCUCGCGUGUCAUCCAAGCGUGGGAGGAGAUUCAUCGACAGAAUAACCGACCGAUUUCUGAUCGCACAUUUUGGGGAACUAUAUACAGCAUGGCCAUCGGCGUAAACUACGGCGCCUUCAGUCUCGCCUUCAGCGCCUCCCUCGCCGGCAUGCUCUGGCGUGACAUCCUAGGCCGCAAACACAUUCGCGUCGGCGGCCUGGAAUUCGCUCGCGUCAAUCUACCCAUUAUCGCCAUUACCAUGGUCGUCGGGCUUGUGGUGCUGAUUGGCGAGAUUUAUAUCAUUAGGGAUAACAAGCCUUAUUCGCUUGGUUGAAAUCGCGGCUUGAAGCGAAAGGUUCUAUUGGAACUGAGGGUUGUCCAGCGAUGUCCACGCAUGCGGAUCUGAAGUUUGAGGAAGGCGGGAAGACGAGAGAGGCUGGAGUCGCGGAAGAGACAUACGCAACGUUUCCUGCUUCUAUGUAGAGCAGCGAAGACGAAGACGAGUCGUGGUGUGGGGCACUGUGUGCGAGAUGGCGACGAAAAAGUCGAAAUGCGUCGAAGCAACGGCGUCGAAGAGGGUAAGAAUGGGAAUUGGGCAUAAUACGUGGUAAUGAUACUAGAUAGACUGGGAUAGGGGUAUAGACAAUUGAAAUCGAAACUUUAAAGGGAAA